AUGCUCACGUGCAUAGCUUGCUCCAACACCAACAAUGUCGGAUCUAAAGAAGAAGACGACAGAGUUCUUGGAACACCUACGUCUAAGCAGAAGAUCAAGUCCUUGACGUCACAAAUAAAAGACAUGGCGAUAAAAGCAUCAGGUGCUUACAAAAGCUGCAAACCGUGUUCAGGGUCUUUAAACCGGAACCACCGUGACUCAGAUGCUUCAGGGAGGUUUCAUUAUGCAUACAAGAGACCUAUAAGCGGAAGCUCAACGCCUAAGAUUCUAGGGAAAGAAAUGGAGUCAAGGCUGAAAGGGCUUUUGAGUGGAGAAGGCACACCUGAAUCCAUUAGUGGUAGGACAGAGUCCACAUUGUUCAUUGAGGAGGAGGAAGAAGAUGAGGUUAAAGAAUGGGUUGCUCAAGUGGAGCCUGGUGUCCUCAUCACUUUUGUUUCAUUGCCUGAGGGAGGGAAUGAUCUCAAACGGAUCCGGUUCAGCCGUGAGAUGUUUGAUAAAUGGGAAGCUCAAAAAUGGUGGGGAGAGAAUUUUGAGAAGGUCAUGGAGUUAUACAAUGUGCAGCAACUUAAUCAGCAGAGUGUCCCGGUUCCAACUCCUCCUUCUAGAUCCAACUUAAUUAGCUCUACCUCUAUCAAGAACAGUCCUGCAACCCCACCAUUACACAAAGAAUGUCAAGGCUCACUCUCUCAUCAACCAACAACACAAACACAAACUCGGUACCGUGAUUCGUCUGGUCUUGCAACGACACCAAAACUCUCUGGCGUAAGUGUGAUCAAAACCGAGACAUCAUCGGUUGAUAUGUCUGGAAGAAGUAGUGGCUCAUCUAGGGAAGAAGAGGAAGAAGAUUAUUCAGAGGAUGUUUCAGUAAGUAAUGGAAGUGAGAUGGAAACAGAAUGGGUAGAACAAGACGAAGACGGUGUUUACAUAACAAUCAGAGCUUUACCAGAUGGAAGUCGUGAGCUUAGACGUGUUCGCUUUAGCCGAGAGAGGUUUGGAGAAACGAAAGCAAGAUUGUGGUGGGAAGAGAACAGAGCUCGGAUACAACAUCAGUACUUGCUGUGA